AUGGAGCCGAAGGAGGAUGACAUUGUCAUUCAGCAGGAAGGUGCUCGCCUGAUCGUGGAUGAGCUGUCGAUGACGUUCCUGGAAGAUUGUGAAAUCGACUACACCGAGGAGAUGAUCAGGGCCUCCUUUUCCGUGGUGAAGAACAAGCUGGCCGACUCGAAAUGCGGCUGCGGCAGCUCCUUCAGUGCCUUGGUCGGUCGCAGGUGGUCGCCUGGGUCGGUUGCAGUCGAAAGGGGUCGCUGUGGCGGAGGUGUGUCACUCGUCCCAUGCGCGGCCAACGGCUCGUGGAGGCCGCCACGCGCAACGCGCCGUGCCCAGGUGUCGCCUCGUUCUGAGCGCAGUUUUCAAGGGCGCCUGGCCUCUUCACUCUCGGCCAUGGAAGAGUGGCAAGCGGAACCCAGCAGCGAUUUAUGGAAUGAAUCUGUUGGAUGGAAGCAGGUGAAGUGUAGUUCAUGGCGUGUCCCUCUUCAGGGCCGACGGUCAGGAAUUUGGGUGUAGAACGACGAGGCUCUCGUGCCAGACGUGGAAACAGCCCACGUUUUGGGCUUUGGGCGGGGUGUGAUGUACAGAAAUCCCAGCGCCAAGUGAUGGGCAGGAUGGGUCAGGAUGGUCCAGCAUGGCGGAAUCGCAGGAUACUUGCACUGUACUUGUGGG